AUGUUCCGUAAAGAUUUUAAAUCUAAAGGAUAUACACAAGUAAAAUCAUCUGAUCGAAAAAAAUUACGUCAACAAUUUCAACAAACCUAUCCAUCAAUUCCUGAUGAUAUACUUUCAUUAACUAUACCUUUGGGUAAAGGUGAAGAUUUCACAUCAUGUAAAUUAUUAUUAAGUACAGGUGAUGAUAUAUUAGUUUAUUCAACAAAUAAAAUUCCUUGGUUUUUUAUUGUCGAAGAUAUUAAAACUAAAACUGAACGUAUUCUACCAACUGUUUAUCUUUUAUGGAAAUAUCCAGAUUUAUUGAAAUUAAAAUUUCAUACACAUAAACAUGUUUUUAAUUAUUUAAUGAAUGGUGCUGAUUUAAUGUUACCUGGUUUACUUUUACCACCCGGUGGUGUUACAUUACAAACAUUUCGUCAUGUUCAACGAGAUGAACUUUGUUCAAUUUGUUUGGAUGAUAAUCGAUAUCCAAUAGGUAUUGGUCAAACAACAAUGGAUGGUGAGGAUAUGUACAUGAGUGGAAUGAAAGGACGAGGUGUUGUACCUUUACAUAUCUAUCAAGAUGCUCUUUGGAAUAUUGGACCACGUAGUGAAGUACCGUAUGAAAAAGAACAAAGACAAUUAUUUGUUACUGAUCAAGAGAAAAUUAAUGAAAAUACUGAACAAGCAUGUGCUCAAGCUUCAAAUGAUAUUAAUUCUUUAAAUUUAAAUGAAGAAUCAAUAUCAGCUUCACCAUCUAACGAAGUACCUGAUCACCCAGAAUCAAUGGAUGAAAUUCUCGACACAAUAUUUUUCUACUUAUGUCAACGUAAAGCCAAAUCAUAUGAAUUACCUCUUUUAGCAUCUCAUUUCUAUACAAUAAUGCAAGAUUGUGUACCUGGUUUAACACUCGAUCUAAAAUUAAGUUCACAUAAGAAAUUUUCAAAAUUUCUUCAAUAUCAACAACAAAUUAAUAAUCUUAUUUCUCUUGAAGAAACUAAACCAGGUGUACUUGCUAUUAUUUCAUUUAAUCUAAUUAAUAAUCCACAAUUAGAUCAUUUUCGUACACCUGCAUGGCUAAAAAAUUAUUUAACUAAAGCAUCUAAUACUCCUGCUGCUACAACUGAAAGUGAUCAACCAAUGAUAAAAUAUACUUUUCCUACAAUAACUGAAUUAUGGAAAACAAAUUCACGUGUUAAUGAAAUAUUAGGUUGUUCAACAUCCACACAUUAUCUUCGUCCUGAUGAAAUUCGACAAGCAGUUCGAUCAUAUGUUAUGAAAAAUAAUUUAAAUCAAGAAAAACAAGUUAAAUUAGAUCCAAUACUAUCUCGACUUUUGAAAACAACAAAUCAAUCGUCAAUGUUAGUUAGUUGGAAUGAACUUAAUACUGCUGUUUUUGAUGCAAUGUCACCAUCUACGGAAUUAUUAUUUGCUCAUCUUGAACAACCAAUUCGUAUUAAUGGACAUCUUCAAUCAAUUGAACUUGAAUGUAUUGAUCGAAAUCGAAAACGACAAACAUUUAUACGUCAUUUAGAUAUAUAUCAAAUUGAUUUGAAUGAAUUGUGUAAACGUAUUCGACAAGGUGCUUCAGUUAGUGCUGUUAUUAACGAGGCAGAUGAAGCAAAACGUACUGGUCGAAUUAUUAUGGCACAAGGCAAUCAAGUUUCAUUUGUUACUCGUUUAUUAAAAGAUGAUUAUGGAGUACCUAGUAAACAUAUUAAAGAAAUAUGA